CCUCGACUCGGGCAACCUGUAGCUUCGGCUGCAAGGCAAAGGCAGAGCGAGCGCCAGCUGGCAGCCUUCUCCCGGGUCGGUGCGGGAUCUGCAACCUGUCGCCCGCCCUCACCUGUCGAGGGUGGGGGGGCCACAAUGGCCAAGAACACGGCGCUGCACUUCCGCGUGGUGGAGGGACGGGACCUGCCCGCCAAGGACGUGUCUGGCACCAGCGAUCCCUAUUGUAUCAUCAAGGUAGACAAUGAAAUCGUGGCUAGGACUGCCACGGUUUGGAAGAAUCUCAACCCCUUCUGGGGAGAAGAAUAUACCCUGCACCUUCCCAUGGGAUUCCACAACCUCUCUUUCUAUGUCUUGGAUGAAGACACCAUUGGACACGACGAUGUCAUUGGCAAAAUCUCCCUGAGCAAAGACGAGAUUUCAUCACAGCCAAGGGGGAUCGAUAGCUGGAUCAACCUGAGCCCCGUGGACCCCAACGAGGAGGUGCAGGGGGAAAUCUCGCUGGAGUUGCAGGUGGUGGAGGAAGCCCACCAACGGCUGCUCUGCUGCCGUGUCCUUGAAGCGAGAGAUCUAGCACCACGUGAUCUCUCGGGCACUUCAGAUCCCUUUGCCCGCGUGCUGUUUAAUGGGCAGAUCCUGGAAACAGCGAUUAUCAAGAAGACUCGUUUCCCACGUUGGGAGGAGAUGUUGGAGUUUGUCCUGGAAGAGGGGGCUGAUUCCGAGGCACCCCUUGUUGUAGAAGUCUGGGAUUGGGACAUGGUGGGGAAGAAUGACUUCCUGGGACAGGUCAAGUUCUGCCUGGGCUCCGUGCAGAAGUCCGUUCUCAAAGAUUGGUUCCGUCUGCUUCCUCUGCCCUCUUCAGGAGAGGACGCUGGGGAAAAACUGGGUCAGCUAAGGUUGCAGGUUCGGCUUGCUGAAGAC